AUGGGCGCCCCUCAGAAUGACCGCAAGCGACAGCGCUCCGAAGUGGAAGAGGCUGUUGCCGCUGCAAUGGAGUCUCAAGACGUCGCCCCAGCUCCGUCGACGAAGCGAGCUCGAGUCGACGACAAAAAGUCUCUCUUCGUUCGCUCGCUGCCGCCCAAGGUAACGAACGAGUCUCUGGCCGAAUUUUUCUCGCAGCAUUUUGCCGUCAAGCAUGCUGUUGUCGUCAUGGAUCACGACACCCAAGAGUCGAAGGGGUACGGAUUCGUCACCUUUGCCGACGCCGACGACGCAUCCGAGGCCAAAAAAACCCUAGACAAGGCCGAGUGGGCCGGCAAACGGAUUCGCGUCGAGGUCGCGGAACCCAGACAGCGAAAUGCAACCGAUGGGCCGUCAGAUGCGCCGCCGAAGCCUGGCAAGGUCCAGUUCGAGAAGGCACCCAAGCUCAUCAUUCGAAACCUGCCCUGGAGCAUCAAGACUUCCGAGCAGCUGUCCCACCUCUUCCGAAGCUUUGGAAAGAUCAAAUUUGCCGAUUUGCCUCAGUCCAAGGGAAAGCUGAAGGGCUUCGGCUUCGUCACCAUUCGCGGCAAGAAAAAUGCGGAGCGAGCGUUGGAAGCCAUCAACGGGAAGCAAAUCGAUGGUCGAACGCUGGCUGUCGAUUGGGCCGUCGACAGGGAGACGUGGCAUCAGCAGCAGGCGAAGGAGGGCGACGAGGCGCAGAGCGACGAAGCACCGACGAAGCCCGCCGACGGGACCGAUGGAUCCGACGAGGAUGCGUCCAAGACGUCGGUCGAGGAAGGGCUGAAUGCCGACCUCGAGAAUUUCAUGAAGAAUCAUAUGCAGCACAUGGAAGAUGAGGACGACGACGAGGACGACGACGAGGAUGAGGAAGAUGAUGAGCGGUUGGACACUGGCCCUGGCCAAACCCCGCCUUCACGACGUCAACAGUCCACGGACAACUCUUCCACCAUCUUCGUACGAAACCUGCCCUUUACGACAACAGACGAGCAACUCAAAGGAUUCUUUGACAAUUUUGGCAAGGUCCGCUAUGCCCGAGUCGUCAUGGAUAAGCUUACCGCCAAGCCAGCCGGCACGGGCUUCGUUUGCUUUUUCAACCUCGACGAUGCCAAAUCUUGUCUCAAGGAAGCGCCGCGGCCGAAACCAUCGAUCCCUGGUGCCAAAACCUCGCUUCUUCUGGACGAGAAUGUCGACCCGAGCGGGAAAUACACGCUCGACGGUCGGCUUCUCCAAGUGGCCCAGGCCGUCAACAGAGAGGAGGCCAGCACCCUGGCCGACAGCUCGUUGGCGAAGCGGAGGGAAAAGGACAAGAGACGACUGUACCUCCUCCCCGAGGGCGCCAUCCCCCGUGGCUCGCCGCUGGCCCAACUGCUCUCCCCGUCCGAAAUUCAGAUGAGGCAAACCAGCGCCGCGCAGCGAAAGAAAUUGAUCCAAAGCAACCCGAGCUUGCAUGUCAGUCUGACCCGGCUUGCGGUCCGCAACAUUCCCCGCAAUGUUGGGUCCAAGGAGCUCAAGGAGCUUGCGAGAAAGGCCAUCGUCGGCUUCGCCCAGGAUGUCCGGGAGGGCCGACGUGAGCCCCUCUCCAAGGAGGAAAAUGCCAGGGACGACAAGGAUGUCAAGGAGAGGGAACGCCAGCGAAAGUCGAAAGGAAAGGGCAUCGUCCGGCAAGCCAAGGUUGUCUUUGAGACCAACCAGGGCUCCAAGGUGUCGGAGAGCACGGGGGCGGGGAAAAGCCGAGGCUACGGAUUCAUCGAGUACACGUCGCACCACUGGUCCUUGAUGGGCUUGCGAUACCUCAACGGCCAUCAGGUGGAGGACCACAAUGGCCAGAAGCAGCGACUGAUUGUCGAGUUUGCCAUCGAGAACGCACAGGUGGUGCAGAGGAGACGCGCCGCCGAAGAGAAGUCGGCGCAGGGAGCCAAGGCCAAGGAGGAUGCGGUCGCAACCGCGGCCGGCCGUGUUGACGAAUCAAAAGACUCGGUGCCGGAAAAGCGACCAAAGGGCAAAAAGGCAGGACGAAGCAACAAGGGCGAAGCGCGUCAAGUCACCGUUGCAAAGGGCGCCGAUAAGAAGGAAGAGAUGAAGCAGAAGCUCAUUGGGCGAAAGAGACUUAUGCGGAAGAAGAAGGCGAGCUCGAGGGGUAAAAGCUAG